CGAUUUUAUCAGAAAAGAAAGGCGUCUUCCAGCGCGAGCUUCUUGAUUGAAAAUGUUCACAAAAUUUACAAAGUUAGUAGAGACCGUGCUAUCAAAAUGCAUCCCAACUUGAAGAGACUUAAGGAAGUCGUGCAGAAACUUGAUAAAGUUUCUGCUGAGGUUAGUAUUUUUCUUCAUCUUUUAGAAAGCACAAAGCAGGAGCAGCAGCGUGAGCUGUAUAUAUCACGCGAAACAGGAUCCUUGCCUAGAAAUGAUCUUAUCGGUAGAGGCAAGGAAAAGGAGUUUGUUAUGCAGUGGUUGAGGAAGCCAUCAAAUGGGCAUCCGGGAACUGAUUUGUACAGAAACAUCUCUCUUCUAUCCAUAGUGUGGCAUGGUGGUAUGGGAAAGACAACUCUCUUGCAACAUGUCUAUGAAGAUGAAAUGACAGAGGAAUUUGAUCUUAAAAUGUGGGUUUGUGUUUCCAACAACUUUGAUGUGGAAAAAGUCAUUGCAGAUAUGUUGGAAUCUCUUAAAAAGGAGAAGCCUAAUUUGGAUUCACUUGAUGCACUUCAAGGGAAACUUAAGGAGGAGGUGAUGUCCAAAAGGUUCUUACUGGUCCUUGACGACAUUUGGGGUGAUGAGGAACGGGAUAAAAGUAAAUGGAAGAAUGUGCUCGCCCCUCUGUCUUGGGGAAGUUUGGGAAGUAAAAUUUUGAUGACGACUCGGAUGGACUCUGCUGCAUUGAUAAUUGCAAAAGUGAUUAGAAAGAAGAAAGAAACAUUGACAUUACAAGGCUUGGAUGAAGAUGAAUGUUUGCAGCUCCUCAACAAUCAUGCAUUUGCUGAUGUAGAGAAUCUUGAUGAUCAUAAAAAGUUAAGAUUUAUUACUGGACAGAUUGCUAAAAAGCUUUCAGGGUCUCCGUUAGCAGCAAAGGUCAUGGGUGGUAUUCUGAAUGAUAAUUUGGAUGAAAUGCAUUGGAGAAAAGUUUUAGAUUGUGAUAUUGGAAUUAUAAAAAAUGAUAUGAUGUCUGUCUUAAGAUUGAGCUAUAUUUACCUCCCACAACCUCUACAAAGUUGCUUCACAUUUUGUUGCAUAUUCCCACAAGAUCAUGAAUUUGAUAAAGAUGAUUUAAUUCGAACGUGGAUUGCAUUGGAUUUCAUUCAGUUAUCUUAUAAUCAAGGAGAGACUAUGGAGGAUACUGGAGGAAGGUAUUUUGAUACUUUGGUUAAGAAAUCAUUUUUUGAUAAAUAUGAUAAUUAUUACAAGAUGCAUGAUUUAUUACACAAACUGGCACAAUCUGUUUCCACACAAGAAUGCUUCAGAAUUGAGGGUGAAUUUGAGUUGUCUUAUAGAAUUCCUGAAACUAUUCGACAUUUGGCGGUUAAUACUAACAAUCUAGAAGUGGUCAGAAAGAUUGAGAAAUUUAAAAAUUUGCAUUCACUUCACUUAACCUAUAGCAAAGAUGAUCAAGACUUUGUUGAUGUACUUACUAAAAUUUUUGAAACAUUGAGAAGCAUUUGCUUAUUGUGCAUAAAUAAUCAACAGUUGACAAUGAUACCUGAGGCAAUUGGAUGUUUAAGACAUCUUCGAUAUUUGAAGAUGGCUAGAACUAGUGUUGCUCAACUUCCAAGAUCCUUGAGCAAUCUUUAUCACUUGAUGUUUAUAAUAUAUGAUAAAGGAGGUUUGCGUAUUCACAAUGAUUUCUUACCAAAGGAUUUAAAUAAUCUUUUUAAUCUACGUUACUUGAAAUUUCCUUGGGAUGUCAUUGAUGGGAUGCAUGGGAUUGGAAAGCUAAAAUAUCUUCAAGGGCUGGAUGGGUUUUAUGUUAAGAAUGAGAUUGGUUAUAAAAUUGGGGAGUUGGAGCAUAUGAAUGAUCUUCGUCAGUUAAGAAUCAAACUUCUUAAAAAUGUGAAGGAUGUCGAGGAGGCUUGCAGUGCCAAAAUAAAUCAAAAGAGGAAUCUCAUUGAUUUGUCUUUAGAAUGGAAUCACCUUUAUAACAACGAUUGGCGGGAUUCUUUAGCAACUGAUCAUUGUAAAAGCAUACCAGAAACAUCACGAAGCAUUUUUUAUCCUUCCUUGGAUGAGAAAGUGCUUGACAAUCUUCAGCCACACAACAAUUUAAAGCAAUUGCGGAUAUAUUCAUUCAUGGGUGCCAGGUCUGCAAUAUGGAUGAACAAUAUAAAUUUGAUCUCAAAUCUAGAAUACAUUCGACUGGAAGAGUGCUUGGAGUGGCAAACUCUUCCACCUUUCGGGCAGCUUCCCUCCCUUAAAUAUCUCCUUCUUCGUAACAUGCCAAAAGCAAGACUGCCUGACAGUAAAUUUCAUGGAAAUGGCAAUGGUUGCCUCUUUCCAUCACUGAAGGUGCUAGAAAUUGAACAUUUAAAAGUAUUAGAGGAUUGGUUUGAUGCAAGAGCAGUAGCAAAAGGUGACAAAUUGUUUCCUAGCUUAACUGAACUGUACCUAAGAGACUGCCAACAUUUGCAAGAGCUGCCCUUUUUGCCUCCAAAGCUCAAGAAAUUGAAGAUUGAUAACAUUGGAUGGAAAGCUUUUAAUUGGCUUCAAUGUUCUAGCAACUGUUGCAUCCAAGAGCUGACAAUUACAAAGAAUGAUGAGUUGGUUUCAUUUCCAAAUGAGGCAGAGCAGUGGUUUCCUCAAGUUAGUUCAUCCCUUCAUAAGUUGUACUUUAUGGAGCUGAAAUCCCUGCAGUCUCUUCCUUCCUCUUUGGCAAGCCUCUCCUCACUUAAGAUUCUACAUGUGAAAAAUGCUCCUCAACUCCAGAUGUUGCCGAACAUCCCUGCCUCUCUAGAGAAAUUAGUGCUUGAUAAUCUCAAAUCAUUGCAAUGCAUGCCAUCUUCUUUGUCCAUCUCUUCUCUAGCUGUCCUUGAAUUAAACAACAUUCCUCUCCUCAAAUCAUUGCCAGAACUCCCGUUCUCUUUGCGUCUUAUGAACAUUUAUUGUGUGAACCUAUAUUGCUUACCUUCUUGCCUUCCUAGACUUUCUUAUCUCCAAAAAAUUAGUAUUGGUGAUGCUCCUCUGCUCAAAGAAUUACCAGAACUCCCUUCAUCCCUUCGUGAACUGAGCUUUAAAAAUAUUAAAUCCCUACAAACUCUCCCUUCCUCAUUGACAAGCCUCUCUUCACUUGAGAUUCUAUCCAUAAUUAAUGCUACUCAACUUCGGCUAUUGCCAAACUUUCCCACCUCUCUAGAACAAUUAUCACUUACUGAUCUCAAAUCAUUACAGUGUUUGCCAUCUUCUUUGUCGUCCAUCUCUUCUCUGAAGUAUCUUCAUUUAGAGAACAUUCCGCUCCUCAAAUCAUUGCCAGGCUUCCAUUCUUUUUUGUGUUUACUAAGCCUAUAUAACCUUGAGAACCUAGAUAGCUUGCCUUCUUGCUUGUCCAGCCUUUCUUCUCUCCAAACACUUAAUAUUCAUAAUGUUCAUUUGCUGCAAGAAUUACCUGACCUCCCUUCAUCCCUUCGUGUGCUAGUAUUUACAGGGCUUAAAUCUUUGCAGUUAUUGCCAAACAUCUCCGCUUCUUUAGAAGAAUUACAUCUUUCAAAUCUCAAAGCAUUGCAGUGUCUUCCAUAUUCUUUGUCCAUCUCUUCCCUAAAAAAUCUUUGCUUAAUGGCAAUUCCACUGUUAAAAUCAUUGCCAAAACUUCCUCUUGGUUUAAAAUAUUUGCUAGUCAAUAAUGUUCCUCAGCUCGAACUAUUUCCAAAUAUCCCCGCCUCUCUGGAAAAAUUAAACCUUGAAGAUCUCGAAGCAUUGCAAUGUCUGCCAUCUUCUUUGUCCAUCUCUUCCCUCAAAACACUUGACUUAAAAAGAAUUCCGCUCCUAAAAGCAUUGCCAGAAUUUCCUCCCGGUUUAAAAUGUCUAUGCGUAAAAAAUGUUUCUCAGCUCCAACUAUUGCCAAACAUUCCCGUCUCUCUGGAAGAAUUAUACCUUACAGAUCUCGAAGCAUUGCAGUGCCUACCAUAUUCUUUGUCCAUCUCUUCCCUCAAAACACUUUACUUAACAAGAAUUUUGCUCCUAAAAUCAUUGUCAGACCUUCCUCCCAAUUUGGAAUCUCUGGUCGUCGAUAAUGUCCCUGAGCUCCAACUAUUGCCAAAUAUCCCUACCUCUCUAGAACAUUUAAACCUUUCGAAUCUCAAAGCAUUGCAAUGUCUGCCAUCUUCUUUAUCCUUCUCUUCCCUCAUAAGACUUCGCUUAGUAAGAAUUCCGCUCCUAAAAUCAUUGCUAGUUCUUCCUCUCGGUUUGAAAUAUAUGUUCGUCGAAAAUGUUCCUCAACUCCAACUAUUGCCAAAUAUCCCCACCUCUCUAGAAAGAUUAGAUCUUUCAGAUCUCGAAGCAUUGCAGUGCCUGCCAUCUUCUUUGUCCAUCUCUACCCUCAAAAGACUUUACUUAAUAAGAAUUCCGCUCCUAAAAUCAUUGUCGGACCUUCCUCCUGAUUUGAAAUAUCUGUCCGUCAAAAAUGUUCCUCAGCUCCAACCAUUGCCAAACAUCCCCGCCUCUUUGGAAGAAUUAUACCUUUCGGAUCUCGAAGCAUUGCAGUGCCUGCCAUCUUCUUUGUCCAUCUCUUCACUCAAAAAACUUCAAUUAAGAAGAAUCCCACUCCUAAAAUCAUUGCCAAACCUCCCUCCUGAUUUGAAAUCUCUACUAGUCUACUGCUGUCAUCCAGAGUUGAUGGAACAAUAUCAAAGUUUUGGCAAUUUUUUUUUAUUAGUAGAAGAUUGCUAACAUGCAUGUUGCAAUCGACAAUAUAAGCCAGUAAAGAUUUAUAAUUUCUCGUUCAAUCUUCAAACAAUUGAGAGAUUUCAAUUAAAAUAUGAAUUUAAGUAGGAGGAGGAAAGCAUAAUGGGAGGUUUUAUAGCUUAAGCUGAUAGGCUUUAGCAUAUGAAACCAAUCAUCAAAAACAUUUGGCACUGUAAAAAAUAUAAUUUAAGUGUUGGUGAGUAGAAAGGUGACUGGAUUGAUUAAAAAAUAAAAGCUUGAAUGAUUAUAAUGUAAGCU